AUGACCACACUCACCACUAAAAAGAGAACAAUCUUGUCAUCGGUUGAAAGUCUUGUUGAAUCAGCAAAUUCAUCAUCAAAUAUCAAUAAUAUUACUGAAACAGAUAGUUCUUCUCCUCCAACAAAUUCCAACAAUACACCAUUCGUUGAUGAUAUUAUUUUUGAAAUUUUCCAUUUCCUCGAAUCAUUGUUUAUUAUUCAAAUUUGUAUGAAAAUUUCAAAACAAUGGAGGCGAAUAUCAUUUCAAAUUCCGCUAUCAUUAUCAUUUAAAAAAAAUUACUUCAAACAGGCUCAUGAAUCAAUCAAACUUUUAGCUAAUUGUGAAUGUUUGAAGAAUUUGACUUCUUUGGAUCUGAACAAAAAUCAGAUUGGCAAUGAAGGUGUGAAAUAUAUUGCUACGAGUGAAUAUAUGAACAAUUUGACUUCUUUGCAUCUAGAAUUCAAUCGAAUUGACGAUCAAGGUGUGAAAUAUAUUGCCACGAGUGAAUAUAUGAAGAAUUUAACUUAUUUGGAUCUGGAAGGCAAUGGAAUUGAUGAUGGAGGUGUCAAAUAUAUUGCCAAUAGCGCAUGGUUGAAAUAUUUGACUUCUUUGAGUCUAGGAUUCAAUCCAAUCGACAGUGAAGGUGUUAAAUAUAUUGCUAAUAGUGAAUGUUUAAAGAAUUUGACUUCUUUGGAUCUGAAAUGCAACAAAAUUGGCAACGAAGGUGUUAAAUAUAUUGCUAACAGUGAAUAUUUGAACAAUUUGACCUCUUUACAUCUAACAUACAAUCAAAUUGACAAUGAAGGAGUCAAAUGUAUCGCUACGAGUGAAUGUAUAAAGAAUUUAACUUCUUUGGAUCUGGAGGAAAAUGGGAUUGGUAAUGAAGGAGUCAAAUAUAUUGCUAAUAGUGAAUGUUUAAAGAAUUUGACUUCUUUGGAUCUGAGUGGCAACAAAAUUGGCAACGAAGGUGCAAGGUAUAUUGCUAAUAGCGAGUGUUUGAAGAAUUUGACUUUUUUGAGUCUGAGAAGAAAUGCCAUUGACAGUGAAGGGGUUAAAUAUAUUGCUAACAGUGAGUAUUUGAAGAAUGUGAUUAGACAUAAUAGAGCAUCAAGAAAAUAA